CCAUUUUGAUAUUGAUAAGGGCCUUACGAUGCACACCUAAAAAAGAUCCACACCUUUCAUCCAGACCAUUUUCAAUCUUUAUAUAGCCUAGGCCCAGUCUAAACCUGUAAAAGAAGGGUGUUAGGACUUGGGGUUUUAGAGUUUAGCCUAGAGAAUUUCUUUUGGGUGUCUGCUCCCUUGCUCAGUGAAAAUGCAGAAGCGAUUGCAGAUUUCUCUUUUCAAAUUGCUUUUGAGACGCCCCUUUGAACGUUCCCCGAAACCCACAAAUCCUUUCCCCCUCCAGUCGCGAGCUCUGAUUCCAACCUAUUUCGUUCCGAACUCAAUCGACUCUCCAAACCCCAAAUUUCUCCACACCCCUGUCUCAAAUCUCCACACUUUCACACACCCUUUUAGACCGAACACUCGAGCUCGGUCCCUGACCGACCAAAAUCGGAGAGGACACAGCACUGAGUCUGGAGAUGAGCCGGUGCCCUUGUUAGAUGUCAACAGAGAAGUUGACAUGAUAAACCUCAAGUUUGCAGAGGCAAGAGAGGAGAUAGACAUGGCUUCGGAGUCAAAAGAGACUGUCUAUUUUGAUGAAGAGGCUGAGUGUGCAAGGGCUGCAGUGAAGGAAGUUAUGGACAUGUUUGAAGGACUACUAGGGAAAUUGCCAGAGAGUGAAAAGGCAGCUUUGCAAAGGUCAAUGGGGCUCAAGAUGGAGCAGUUAAAGGCCGAGCUUCAGCAGUUAGAUGAUUAACGAGGACAGCUUCUGGCAAGUAUGGACAAGCAGCAAGUUCUGCAACUUGAUGUCACCAGAGGGCCAGAGGCCAUGUUCAAGUUGAAAAGCACCAAAUGCAACUAGUAGCUUCAUUCAUUUUAUAUACAACUAAAACCGGGUAACUUGAAUUGGACCAGAGAAGACACAAAAGGUGCCGGUUGCAACCAUUUUGACAACGGGAUUUUUCCUUUUUAGUUAAAGAAGAGGACGUCGAUUCUCAUGUGGUGUGCAUGAACUGAUUGUCUUCUUGUCUACCUCUUUUUUUCUUUUGGAACUAUUCUGUUAGGGUCACCUCUUGUCGGGGCUCGUUCUAUAUAUAUAUAUAUAUUCUAGCCGUUUGGGUGA